ACGCAGGGAGGCGGGCCUUCAGCCUAGCAGCGAGCAGGUUAGUGUGACUGUGUGUUUACAUGCAGCAGCAGCGGCGCCGGACUAAAACCGAGCUGAGUAAACUGGGAUAGAGAGGAUAAACCGGGACAGAGAGAAUAAACCGGGACAGAGAGAAUAAACCGGGACAAGGAGAGUAAACCCGGACAAGGAGAGUAAACCGGAAUAAGGAGAGUAAAGAGAGGGGUGUGGGAGCGCGAUGAGCCGCCUGCUGCGCUGAGAGAUGAGCGGUCUGUGUCGGGAAGUGGUCACUCUGCAGCUCGGACAUUACUCCGGCUUUGUGGGCACUCACUGGUGGAACCUGCAGGAUGCGUCUUUGUGUUAUGACCCAGACCUUCCUCCGGGGGAGCUGCAGAGUGACGUUUUGUUCAGAGAAGGCCUCACACUCGGGGGUCAAGUGACCUACACCCCCCGCCUCAUCGCCCUUGACCUUAAAGGGAGCCUUCAGACGCUGAAGAAGGAAGGCAGUCUGUAUGCCACAGAACAGGACUCGAACACCUUAACAUGGCAGGGUCAGAUUAUGACCCAUGAAGAAAGUCCUCCGUCUAAGAACUCGUUUCUACAGGAUUUGGACAAGCUGGACAAGGGGGAGUUGUUGGUGGAACCUGAUUUCAGCUCCUCUCCUGCUCUGGUCCCUCACUGCUCAGGGGGAGCCAUUGCCAUAGAGACGGUGAACAGCACUCUGGAGCGUGUGCAGAAAGCCUAUAGGCUGGAGGGCAGUGUGAGGGUGUGGUCGGACUUCCUGAGGCUCCACCUGCAUCCUCGCACCAUUACAGUCAUUAACCAAUACAACCACGAUGGGGAGUCUGCGCGUUUGGAGGCAUUUGGCCAGGGGGAGGCGCUGUUACAGGGCUCAGUGCUGGAGGAGCUGGAGGACAGACUGCACUUCUUCGUGGAGGAGUGUGACUAUCUGCAGGGUUUCCAGGUGCUGUGUGACAUGGCUGAUGGUUUCUCAGGUUUGGGCUCAAAGGUCACAGAGUUUCUGCAGGACUCCUAUGGUGGGCGGGGCAUCCUGACGUGGGGUGUGGCUCCUGUCACUCACCGGGACUCAAGCCCCAUUAAGGAGUUAUAUCACAUGAUGAACUGCGCUCUGGGAACCGUCCACAUGGCCAAUCACAGCUCCUUCUUCUGCCCUUUGACCCUGAGAGGCGGGCUGGGCAGGCGGCCGGCUCCGCCCACCUCGUUUCCUCUGCUCAAUUAUGAUUCCUCUCUGUGGUAUCACUCUAGCUCUAUUCUGGCUUUAGCACUGGAUACUAUGACUCAGUCCUACAGACUGAGACACAACAGCACCCCCAUGUGGCAGCUGGCAGACACACUGACUGUUUCAGGGAGAAAGGUUGUAUGUGCAUACGGAUCUGUACCGUUUCCCAUGAUGCAAAGCAGCUGUCUCCCUGACGCCCUGCAAGCCUGUCAUGAUGUGUUACCUUGGAAACCCCUAUCAGCCUGUCCUGAGCGUGCUGAUGGACGCUGCUUUAGCCAAUCAGUGACGCUCAAAGGACUAGAAGGGCAGAACCUAGUGAGUCCACUGGUUCCUGGCACUGAGCCACCCAGCCCUCUGCACUGCGCACGGUCAGGAUUGGAGGUUCUGGAUACGUACAUCAGAUCACACUACCCUUCUACACCACUGGCGGUGCAGCUGGUGUCCUCCUCCAGUAAACUGACCUCUCCAUUCCCCCAGAUUUUCAGUCCGAUCCUGGACCCCCAGGGUCUAAUUCAGAGCCAAACCCCGACGACAGCUCCUGUGGUUUCGUCUGUGCCGGUGUUGACAUGUGUCCAGUCUAGCGUGGCUGUUGGUCAGUUGUUGGCGGAGCUGCAGAAGUCCUGUAGUUCAUUGGAUCUGCGCCGCAUGGCCCCCAGUUUUCUGUCCCAGGGCCUGGAGCCCACAGAGCUGGCUGAAAGCCUGGAGCAGCUCCGCAGCCUCGCAUACCGUUACCGUGACGACAGCGGAGGAACGCUGCGCUCUUCAUCUGAGGAAGAGGACGAUUAGCUUCAGCUAUCACCAUCAUCAUCACUCUGAGAGCAGAGCAGAUACUAAUCAAGCAAAUCAGAGCAGCUCAUCUGAACACAGUCUGGAGGGAUGGAUGGGUGGAUGGAUGGAUGUUUAAAAGAAUGAAAGAAUGGAUUGAUGAAUGGAUAGGUAGAGGAAUGGAGGGAUGGAUGAAAGGAUCAAUGCGUGGGGUGGAGUAGAUAGAAAGAGGGAUGGGUGUGAUGGUGGAGUGGAGGCUGGAUGGAAGAAGAGAAGACUGUAUGGGAGAUGUUUUGAGGGAUUGAUGAAGAGGUGGCUGGAAGGACGGAUGGAUGGAUUAACAGAUCACCAGAGAGUUGGAUUGGACGGAUGGAUGGAUGGAUGGAGAAAAGGAAGGACUGGAUGGAAGGAUGAAUGACUCAUGCAUGGAUAAAUGGAGGAGAAAUGGAAGAAUGGGUGGAUGGAUAAACAGAUGACCAAGGGAUAGAUGUUUUGUGAUGGAGGGAGGGAUGGAGGCAUGCAUGGAUAGAGGGAGGGAUGGAUAGAUGGAUAAAUGGAUGUGAUGGAGGGAUGAAUGGAUGGAUGGAUGGUUGGACAGAUGACUUGAGGGAUGGAUAGAUAGAUAGGUAGGUAGAGGGAUGGAGGGAUAGUUGGAUGGAGUAAUGAAUGGUUGGACAGAUGACCUGAGCAGGGAAUGGAUUGAUGGAUGGAUGGUUGGGCAGAUGACCUGAGGGAUGAAUAGAUAGAUAGGUAGGUGGGAGGGAUGGAGGGAUAGUUGGAUGGAGUGAUGAAUGGUUGGACAGCUGACCUGAGGUAUGGAUGAGUGGAUGAAUGGAUGGAUGGGUGGAUAGUUGGGCUGAUGACCUGAGGGGUGAUGGAUGGAUGGAGAGAUGCAUGAUUGGACAGAUGAUCUGAGGGAUGGAUGGAUGGAGAGAUGCAUGAUUAGACAGAUGGCCUGAGGGAUGGAUGAGUAGAUUGAUGGUUGAGCGGAUGACCUGAUGGAUGGAUGGAUGGAUGGAUGGACAGAUUGAUGGGUAGGUGGAGGGAUGGUUGGAUGGAGUGAUGGAUGGAUGAUUGAGAAGAACCUCCACAGGUUGUUAAAUGUAAAGUUCUUCCAUCGUCUCCACCCAGAUCCCUCCGCGGUGUGAUCAGAGGAAUGUAAAGCCCUUCAGAAGCUGAGGGAGAGUGAACUGGGCUGUGUUCUCAAUCACUCUCCACUCAGCAGGAAGAGUGUAGGGCCUGUUCGCUGUACUACCAACAUAGUGCGCUUUCGUCAGAUGUGUUUGGGACGGGGCCGAGGAGCAGGGCACUAGAGCUUAAUGUGAAGAACAGCACUGCUGGUUCUGAUCUCUCUGAUCAGACUAGCUUCUGGGUUGAUUUGGAAUCAGAGCUUGUUAGAGGCCAGAACGGGCCUGUAAAACUGACCAGAUAACUUACGAUGAACCGUCACUGAAGGAGUUAUUUAGGAGUAUUACUGUAUUCUGUGUGGUUGUGUACGCAAACCUGUUUUUAUUAAAAAAAAUCUGCUGCUUCAGA